AUGAGCUCCAGUCGCCCUGAGCAGGGUGUCCGGGCACCCUUGAACCCCCACUUGCAGCCCCUGUCCCAGAGUUCUUCCAACCUGCUGGGUGAAGGCCGGGGACAGAGGCCAGAGCUUCGCAAGAGUGCCAGCAGCACUGUGUGGCAGGCCCAGCCAGGUGAGGCCAGCAGUGAUUCCCCAGCCCUGGAGGAAGAGAGGCAUCCAGCUGAGAGCGUGGAGCCAGCACGGGCCUCCAGUCCACAGCCACAGCCUAGUACCGGGGGCCACUGGCGGAGCAGCACCGUGGGCAAUGUGUCCACUAUGGGCAGUGGUGACCUGUGUCGCCUGCGGGCCCCUGGUGCCACUACUGUGCAGAGGAGCCACUCGGACCUGGCCCGUAGCACCCAGAUGCGGGGCCACAGCACUGCUCGGAAGGCUAGCCUCAGCUGCUCGGCUCUUGGCAGCUCCCCUGUCCACAGGGUACAACUGCAGCCUGGCGGGACUACUGCCCAGGGUAGCCAGGCCCCUGCAGACCUGGAAAGGGACCUGGGUCCAGAGGAUGGGACUUCUAAUUCAGCCUGGAAGCAGGAAGACAGUCAGGUGUGGGUGCCGCCACUAGACCUUGGGGACACAACUGCCCGCAGCAGCAGUCACCAGGCUGAGCCCAAACCCAAUGGGCAGCUGGCCACCACCUCCUGCCACGCUCUGCCCCCAGCUGUUCUACCCCCAGCUGCUCUACACUGUGGCAUGAGAGAGGUGGGGAUGGGUGGCUGCUGCCAUGCGCUACCUGCCACAGGGAUCCUGGCCUUUCCCAAACUGGUGGCAUCAGUGAGCGAGUCUGGGUUGCAGGCUCAGCAUGGGGUGAGGUUCCACUGCAGGUUGCCUGGGGGCCUGCCUGGGCACUCCCACUGCUGUGCCCACCCUUGGGGUCCCACGGGCUUAGCCUCAGAACCUGGAUCUAGGACCAAAGAUGUAUGGACCAUGACCUCAGCCAGCGACCUGGCCCCUGCAGUGGCAUCCCCUCUGUCAGCCCAGGAUGCUGGUGUACAGGCAGCCCCAGCGGCAGCUUGCAAGGCUGUGGCCACUAGCCCAUCCCUGGAAGCGCCUGUGGCCCUGCACCUGUUCCCAGAGGUAACUCUGGAGUCCGGCCUGGAGGAGGCACCGUCCCCUGUUCGGGAUGUGCGAUGGGAUGCUGAAGGCAUGACAUGGGAGGUGUAUGGAGCUGCAGUGGAUCCAGAGGUGCUUGGUGUGGCCAUCCAGAAGCACCUGGAGAUGCAGUUUGAGCAGCUGCAGCGGGCGCCCGCCAGUGAGGACAGCCUGUCUGCAGAGGGCCGGAGGGGGCCACUGCGGGCCGUCAUGCAGUCCCUGCGGCGCCCCAGCUGCUGUGGCUGCUCCGGGGCAGUGCCUGAGUGA